GACUGUAAUUAGGAGCGAACCGAGGGUUUCUGUUCUCCUUCGGGAGGACUUCCGUCAUCUCGAAGCCGAGGACUGUGUUGCCAUGGAAAUCUCUCCCUAGACUAGUGCAUCCUUGGAGCCGAGAAAGAGACUGUUGUCCACGAUGGUUGUGACAGUGACUUUAAACGUCCACAGCUCAGCACAGGAAGCAUCUGAUUAAUGAAUGAUUCACCAUUUAGGACCUGGUUAGAGCCUGUGGAUAAUCCUGUGAAUUGAAUUCAUCUGUUUGUAGCUGAGAUUUGCCACCCGAAGUUUUUUCCUCUCUUGCCAUUUCUGAUAGCCCGUAGCUCACUGGGUGUGACUGCCAGUGCUGACUUCAGUAUGCUGCGGCGGAAGCCAACACGCCUGGAGCUCAAGCUCGAUGACAUUGAUGAGUUUGAGAGCAUUCGGAAGGACUUGGAGACACGCAAGAAACAGAAGGAAGAUGUGGAAGGUGUAGGAACCAGUGAUGGAGAAGGGGCCGCUGGGCUUAGCAGUGACCCCAAAAGCCGGGAACAAAUGAUUAAUGAUCGAAUUGGUUAUAAACCCCAACCUAAGCCCAGCAACCGCACAUCUCAGUUUGGAAACUUCGAGUUUUAGAGAUGAAUUCUGCAUGCCAGACCUCUGGAAUGAAAUAAAAUGAUGUCAGAAAUACAGAACACAUUUAGAGAAUUAAGUGUGUACAACCAAGGAUAAUGUUUUCUGUCUCCUGCAGAGAGGAAUAAUGUCUGCAUGAAAUUACUGCUGUUCAACUUUUUUGAUAAGCUAGAAGCCAAAUUCUGGCUUGUUUCUGGAAAGUUGAACUGUGGAAAAUUUACCUGAUUUUUGUUUUUAAAAUUAAAUAUAUUUUUGGAAAAAUGUGAGACAUCCCUAAAAGUAGUAGCAAUGAAGUUCCCAGUUCUGAGAGGUAAACGCUGCCAGAGGUGAUGUCAUCUUCCUUGUCUUUACAAAAGGACCCCGAACCCGCAGUUGAUCCUCUGAACUUUCACUUCACCUGUUUAUUCAGUAUUUGGUGACUGCUGACCAUCCUGCAAGCAACAGAGAUUCCAGAUGAGUGUGUUCAUGCCUAUAAUCUAGCACUUGGAAGGCUGAGGUAGCAGUCUCAUGAGUUGGAGGCUAGUCUGGGCAACAGAGUAAAAUCUUGUCUCAGAAUGUCUAAAACCAAACCAAGACAAAGACUCCUACCCUCAUGGAGAUUGGAUUCUAAUGAACAAACAAAACGAGUCAGAUUCAUUUACAGAAAGACUUCAUACAGCGAGGGAGACACGGACAUUUCCAACAGCACGGGCCACUCUAAUUCUUCCUUUGGGAUGCCUCUGAGAAUCUGUGCAGCAGGAACCCAUCUGAACUCUAGAUACUUUUGCACCAUGCCCCAUUAUACCAUAAAAUUUAGGGACAGAAGAAGUACUGGCUGUGGAAGCCAGAACAUCUGGAAUCAAGUUUCAAAGAGACUCAUUAGCUGGGUUUACCCAGGCUUCUGGAUAGUUCCUGAGUGAUAUAAAUAGGAAGGUAGAGAUAAAAGGGAAUUGUGUAGCUUCCUCUUCCUGCUCCAAACUUCUUUUUACAAAACCUUUAUUCCAGUUUUAUUGUUGACCCCUAAGUCCUGUUAUCUUACUGUUUUAAAAAAACAAUAAAACCCAAGACACAGGCUAUA